CGCUUCUCUCGGUGUCAUGGCCGCGGCUGCCCCAUGGCGGUUGCUCACUGUGGGAAGAGGCGCCUUAUGGCGGCCGAUAGCCUGGUCUCCUGUUGUGGGCUGCUGUAAGAAAUCAACCAAAUACCUAGCUCGUCCAGGUCAACCUAAAUUAGCAUAUAAGAGGCUAAAAGGUAGAAGCCCGGGAGUCAUUUUCCUGCCUGGAUUUGCCUCUACUAUGAAGGCACAGAAAGGAGUGGAACUUGAGGAUUUCUGCAGAUCACUUGGGCAUUCAUUUAUAAGGUUUGAUUAUUCGGGAUGUGGAGCUUCUGGAGGAACAUUCAGUGAGAGUACAAUAGGACAGUGGAAGAAGGAUGUUUUGGCUGUGCUUGAUGAACUCUCAGAAGGACCACAAGUUCUGGUGGGUUCCAGUAUGGGUGGAUGGCUUAUGCUCCUAGCUGCAAUAGCUCGUCCUGAUAAAAUAGCUGCACUUGUUGGCAUAGCUACAGGAGCUGAUUAUUUGGUAAAUGCUUUCAAGCAGCUUCCUUUGGAGACGCAGAAAGAAAUAGAAACAAAAGGAGAAUGGUAUUUGCCAAACCUUCAAAAGUGUUCAGAAUUUCACAAAAUUCCUUACACCUUUAUUAAAGAUGCUGAAAAUCACUGUGUGUUGCACAGUAACAUUCCAAUAACCUGUCCUGUGAAGCUUAUACAUGGCAUGAAGGAUGAUCAUAUUCCUUGGCAGAUCUCGCUGAAUGUGGCACAAAUUGUUCUUUCUUCAGAUGUUGAUCUUAUUCUGCGCAAACAUGGUCAGCAUCGAAUGAAUGAUAAAGAUGAUAUCAAAUUGAUAGUAAACAUAAUUGAUGAUGUAAUAGACAAACUUGGAACAUUGUCGUAAAUGAGUAGGGUUAGAAAUUGGUGCCACAAAUGCGAUAGUUAGCUGUACUCUGAACAAAUGGAAGCCAUUUUCAUUGCCACUUCCUGUGAUGUCAAUAUUCUAUGCAACAUGUUUUUAAACUGCUCUCAGCAGAUAUUUUGAACUAUGUACCUUUUUUUUGAGCCAAGAAAUCUGUUCUCAGCAGCAGAAAAUUAUGCCAACAUUUUGGUAAAUGUCGAAUAUGAGGUGAUGUCUGAUUGCAUGCACUUUGAGCAGUGAACGUUGCUUGUAAAAUCUAAUUCCUCAAGAUGUAUAGCUAAACCUGUUACUUUUUCAUGCUAAGUCAUUGGUGGGCAAUGACUUUGAUUUUCCAGUGGUCAUUUACAUGGAAAGUUAUGCCUUACAUGAUUAAUGGGAUAUGUCUCAAAAUGUUGCAUUUGUACAUAGAUAAUGUGAGGCAUGCUGCCAGUUUUGAGCAAAAUAAUCCAAUACUGUUGCCAGACACAUUUGCUAACUACAAUUCAGUAUUAUUUUUCUCUGUUCCUGUGUACAUAUUCUGCACUACUUUGAUAAUGUAAUGUAAAGUGACUGAUUUUCUAAAAUAGCUAAGCUGAAAAUCUCAAACUUUUCAUUGUAUAAUAGUUGUGUUUUCUACUAGUAUAUGCUGGGAACAUCCCUGAAAAAAUAAAUUGCUAAAGUUGAUAC